GAUCCAAAUUAUGUGCUUGAUGAUAAAGGCAAAGCACAUUACUUGUUUAGCACAACAAACAAAAAAACUGGAGUGACCGAAAAGGUUUUCCGUACACAUACCAAGCACGGAAGCAACAGUGGAACCAAAACCCAAACAUCAUUAUCUAAAUCUACCACGCGGUCAACACCAGCAAAAAAGAAGCCACAAGCAUCCUCAAGUAAAGGACCUCAUGUUAUCGAUUUUGAAAUGGAUGAAAUCGAAGAUGAAAAUCCAUUGCCUGGUUUCAUUGAUCCAAUUACGCUUGAAGAAGUUGUAAAACCUGCAAUUUCCCCAUACGGACAUGUGAUGGGCCCCUGA